UUUUCGCUGAUCAAUCAUCUCUCUGAUCUCUAUAUAUGUAUGUGUGUGUAUAUAUAUAGACAGAAAAUAGAUUCAGUAUAAUGGAUGCUUUGCUUUAUUCGUCACAGGGAAUAAAGAUGUUUCCCUCAACAAUCUCCGAAUCUUCUACAAACUUCACACCUUUUGCUUCUGCUAUGUCCAGUAAUGUAAAUCGUUCCUUUGUUGCAGCAUUUCGUGUCUCCAACAUGGGACUGAAGUCAAGUAAAAACCUAUCGGGUGACAGCGCGGGGCAAAGACUUUGCAAUAAGGCAAGAAGUCAUGGCAAGCACAAGGCUAGUGAUGUAUAUAGUCGUCAAACGGAAGCAAGUGUGCUUGAGGAAGAAGCCCCUCAAGUGUCAGAGAGCAGCUCGUCUUUGAAAGUAUUACAAGGUCAAGCAUAUCCGCUAGGAGUAUCAGAACUUGAAAGUGGAAUCAACUUUUCGAUUUUUUCACAGCACGCAACUGCAGUCACACUUUGCUUAUCGCUUCCUGAAAGGGGAAAAGACGGAAGGAUUGAUGGUGGAAUGAUGGAGCUUACAUUAGAUCCUCGUAUAAAUAAAACUGGAGACACAUGGCACAUUUGUAUUGAGGAUCUGCCUAAGAACAAUGUCCUAUAUGGUUACCGUAUAGACGGUCCUCGAGGUUGGCAUCAAGGGCAUCGAUUUGACAGUAGCAUUGUCCUAGUAGAUCCGUAUGCAAAACUAAUUGAAGGUCGCCGAUUUUUUGGAGACGCCAGUAAUAAGAUGUCUAAAUUUCUUGGAACUUAUGAUUUCAAUAGCUUGCCAUUUGAUUGGGGAGACAAUUACAAGCUUCCAAAUAUACCUGAGAAGGAUCUUGUUAUAUAUGAAAUGAAUGUUCGUGCUUUUACAGCUGAUGAAUCUAGUGGGCUUGAUCCAAAUAUCCGUGGUAGCUACCUUGGUGUAAUUGAGAAGAUUCCGCAUCUUCGAGAGCUUGGUAUCAACGCAGUGGAGUUGUUGCCAAUCUUUGAGUUUGAUGAGAUGGAGUUCCAGAGGCGUCAAAACCCUAGAGAUCACAUGAUAAAUACGUGGGGCUAUUCAACAAUAAAUUUCUUUGCUCCUAUGAGUCGCUAUGCUAGUGCUGGUGGAGGACCUCUUAAUGCUUCUCGGGAGUUCAAAGAAAUGGUUAGAGCCUUGCAUAGUGCUGGAAUAGAGGUUAUUUUGGAUGUUGUCUAUAACCAUACUAAUGAGGCUGAUGAUGACAACCCUUAUACCACUUCAUUUCGUGGCAUAGAUAACAAGGUUUAUUACAUGGUGGAUUUUAACAACAAUGGGCAGUUGCUGAACUUCUCGGGCUGUGGGAACACGUUAAACUGUAAUCAUCCUGUGGUCAUGGAACUUGUACUUGAUAGCUUAAGGCACUGGGUUGUGGAAUAUCACGUGGAUGGAUUCCGCUUUGACCUUGCUAGUGUUCUUUGUCGAGGUCCAGAUGGUUCACCACUUAAUGCUCCCCCACUUAUCAGGGCGAUUGCCAAAGAUGCUGUCCUGUCAAGGUGCAAAAUUAUUGCGGAACCAUGGGAUUGUGGAGGCCUUUAUCUCGUUGGAAGUUUUCCAAAUUGGGACCGGUGGGCGGAAUGGAACGGGAAGUACCGUGAUGACAUAAGAAAAUUUGUAAAGGGUGACGCUGGUUUUAAGGGGAGUUUUGCAACUCGAGUUUCUGGUUCUGCUGACCUGUUCAGAGUGAACAAGCGCAAGCCAUACCAUGGUGUCAAUUUUGUUAUUGCACACGAUGGGUUCACACUGUAUGACCUCGUGUCAUACAACUUUAAGCAUAAUGAUUCAAAUGGAGAAGGUGGCAAUGAUGGAAGCAAUGAUAAUUUUAGCUGGAAUUGUGGUUAUGAAGGAGAAACUGAUGAUGCCAAUAUUAAAGCUCUACGUUCCCGGCAAAUGAAGAACUUUCAUUUCGCGUUAAUGAUAUCCCAGGGAACACCAAUGAUGCUGAUGGGGGACGAAUAUGCACAUACUCGCUAUGGAAAUAAUAACAGUUAUGGGCAUGAUACUGCUAUUAACUAUUUUCAGUGGGGACAAUUGGAUGCAAGGAAGGCAAAUCACUUUAGGUUCUUCUCGGAGGUGAUAAAGUUUCGCAAGAUGCAUUACAUAUUUCGACGUGAAAAUUUUAUUGGCAAGGAUGAUGUGACGUGGCACGAAGACAAUUGGGAUAAUUAUGAGAGCAAAUUUCUUGCAUUUACAUUUCAUGACAAGCAUGGAGGAGAUAUCUAUUUGGCUUUCAAUGCACAUGACUAUUUUAUCAGAGCUGCAAUACCUUCGCCGCCGCCAAACAGACGUUGGUUCCGAGUGGUAGACACUAAUCUUGCGGCUCCUGCUGAUAUUGUCCCAGAAGGUGUUCCAGGCAUCGGAACGGCAUACAAUGUAGCUCCGUACUCUUCAAUUCUACUCGAAGCAAAACCAUGAAAUCACCUCUGCACCCGCCACCCGAUAUUCAACACCACGUCCUACUCUAGAUAUCAUGUGGUUGGAAAUUCAAGUUCCAUCAAUUCAAAAUUUUGGCUGGAUGGAAAUGGUUAAAAUUCUAAACCCUAGAUGUGCAAUGCAGACCAGUGAAUGUAAAAACUAAGUUGUAAACUUUGUAGACGCCGCUGACGGAAAAUUUUGCUCUGAAAUUGAUGUCAUCAUGGACGAGUAAAGUAUAUUAGGCCAUUUGGUCAUUAUAUCUCUUUACCGACCACAAAACGAAAUUUAGAGGGCUCUAGUUUAUCAAAUCAAAAGUAAUUUCUUGGUUA